AUGCCGGCGGCUCGAUCUCCGUUCCUCCCCAUCCUCCUCAUCGCGGCGGCUCUGCUUGCCGGCACAGAGGCGGCGCAGAAGGGGAUCACCCUGUCGACCAAGCUCAUCCACCGCUUCUCCGAUGAGGUCAAGGCGCUGAGGGUUCGUCGGAAUGUCACCGGGAGCGUCUACUGGCCGGAGAAGAGGAGCAUGGAGUACUACAGCUUGCUGCUCGACAGCGACCGCCAGAGGCAGAAGAUGAAGCUCGGCCCUCGCUACGAGCUUCUUUUCCCUGCUGAAGGGAGCAAUACUGUCUCAUUGGGGAAUGACUUCGGAUGGCUGCACUACACUUUUAUAGAUGUGGGGACUCCUCAUGUCUCCUUCCUUGUCGCAGUAGAUACUGGGAGUGAUUUGCUUUGGGUGCCCUGUGAUUGCUUGCAGUGUGCCCCAUUGUCAGCCAGUUCCUAUGCCAGUCUGGGCCAAGAUCUCAAUGAAUAUAGUCCAUCGCAAUCAAGUAGUAGCAAGCUCCUCACGUGCAGCCACCAGUUAUGUGAACACAGUUCAAAAUGCAAAAGCCCAAGUCAGCAGUGCCCAUACUCUGUGGAGUAUUACUCGGAGAAUACAUCCAGUUCCGGCUUGCUGAUUGAGGAUGUAUUAUAUUUUGCAUCAAAUGAUGAUCUUGGUGCAUCAAAUGCUUCUGUGAAGGCUCCGGUGCUCAUGGGAUGUGGCAUGAAGCAAAGCGGUGGUUACUUGGAAGGAAUUGCCCCUGAUGGUCUCAUGGGUUUGGGUCCCGGAAAAAUCUCUGUUCCAAGCUUUCUUGCAAAAGCAGGUUUCAUUCAGGAUUCCUUCUCGUUGUGUUUCGAUGAGGAAGAUUCAGGGAAAAUUUAUUUCGGUGAUCAGGGCCCGCAUGCUCAACAGUCUACUCCCUUCCUAACUUCAAAUGGAAAUUACACAACUUACAUGGUUGGAGUGGAGGGGUGUUGCAUUGGUGGCUCUUGCCUCAAGCAGACAAGAUUCAAAGCACUGGUUGAUAGUGGUACAUCUUUUACAUUUCUUCCAGAGGAUGUAUAUGAGAAGACUGUUAAUGAGUUUCACAGGCAGGUAAAUUCUACUAUAUCAAGCUUUGAAGGGUAUCCUUGGAAGUACUGCUACGAGUCCAGCUCACCGGACUUGCCAAAAAUACCAUCAAUGAAGCUCCUGUUUCCAAUGAACAAUAGCUUUUUGAUCCAUAAUCCUGUUUUUAAGGUAUAUAGCACUCAGGGGUUUGGUGGAUUUUGUUUAGCAAUUCAACCUGCGGAUGGGGAUAUUGGAAUUAUUGGACUGAAUUUCAUGAGUGGAUAUCGGAUGGUGUUUGAUAGGGAAAAUCUAAAGCUGGGCUGGUCUCGCUCUAAAUGUGAAGAUGAGAUCAUUUGGGUACCAGGCAAUCCAUUGGGAACUGCAAACCCACUCCCAACGAACGAGGAACAGAGAAUUCCAGGUCAGCAUGCUGUUUCACCAGCUGUUGCAGGUAGAGCUCCCUUGCGACCAUCAGCAGCUCCUCCCUCGCCCCUACGAGCAUCACAUUUGAUUAAGUUGUUACUGUCGUUGCUAGUGCUUUUCGCAUCUAGGACUUUGUGA